GGGAGCAGUAUCUGUGGGAGUAGUAGGCAGAAGGGAAGAAGGCAGAGCCUGUAUCAUGGCGGAUAGAGAUAGUGGAAGCGAGCAAGGCGGAGCGGCAAUGAGUUCCGGCGGUAGCUCGCUACACCCGGCGUCAGGAGCAGGUGGCUCAGUCCUGCAGCACGAAACGCAAGAACUGGCCUCUAAACGUGUGGACAUCCAGAAUAAGCGCUUUUAUUUGGACGUUAAGCAGAACGCUAAGGGCCGCUUCCUGAAGAUAGCGGAGGUCGGGGCCGGCGGCAACAAGAGUCGCCUGACGCUGUCAAUGUCGGUGGCGGUGGAAUUCCGCGACUAUCUGGGAGAUUUCAUCGAGCAUUACGCCCAGUUAGGACCCAGUAACCCGGACAUGGCGCAGGAUGAGCCGCGGCGAGCGCUAAAGAGUGAGUUCUUGGUCAGGGAAAACCGCAAAUACUACAUGGAUCUGAAAGAGAACCAGAGAGGCCGGUUCCUGAGGAUUCGCCAGACGGUAAACCGCGGGCCCGGCCUGGGCUCGACCCAGGGUCAGACCAUCGCUCUCCCAGCGCAAGGACUAAUCGAGUUCCGCGAUGCUCUAGCCAAGCUUAUCGACGAUUACGGGGUGGAGGAGGAACCGGCCGAAUUACCUGAGGGCACUUCAUUGACUGUGGACAACAAGCGGUUUUUUUUUGACGUGGGCUCUAAUAAGUACGGGGUGUUUAUGAGGGUGAGCGAAGUGAAGCCCACCUACCGCAACUCUAUCACCGUCCCGUACAAAGUGUGGGGCAAAUUCGGGCACACUUUCUGCAAAUACGCCGAGGAGAUGAAGAAGAUCCAGGAGAAGCAGAGGGAGAAGCGAGCCUCUGAGCACCAACAGCAGGAGGGCCAUGGGGACGAUGGGGAAGACGAUUGAUAACUGUCCCAAUUACCCCCCUCCCCUUCCUUUCCCUUUAUCCCUUUAUGAACUGUCAAAGAGAAAACAAAAAUAUAUAAUAACUGUUUAACUCAGAGGGAGCACCGCCCACCAAUCCUCCACACACUGACAGAUUGUGACUUGUCACACCCCAUCGCUGGAUGUUGUCCACUUACCCACCAUAUAAACAGUAAGCAGCUGCUAAAAAAACAAAACAAAGUAAUAACAUUAUAUAUGAACUGUGUUUCCUACUUGAUUAAAAUAUAAAAAAAUUGAGUGUUUAUUUCCCUAAUUAACCAAGAACUUUUGUACACCUGCUAUUAUUAAAAAGUGUUUGCAAUGGUCAGAUUAUAUAAUUGCUGAAGUAUAUUAAAAAAAAAAAA